AUGACGGUAACCAUUGAUGAUAAGACGUUAGAAGAGCAUUAUUCGAAGUUCUUGAAUCGUCACGUUGACAGAAGAGUUAUUCUGCAAUUCUGGGAUGAUUAUUUGCCCAAGGAUGUGAAACCGCAUCCAAACCCAUAUGUUUUGGCAGCUGGUAUGCCAAACGAGGGUUUGUUCCCUGUGGAAUCUGUGCAUGUCAAUGUGGUUGAACGUCCGUUCCAGCAUUUGGAGUACCCAUUCAAAAGUGAAAAGAUCCAUGUCGGUGCUGCUGGUGAAAUCGGUGUCAAUGAAGCUGAAUACGUGAAAUCUAGGGUCGAUGAUGGUAGUAUGGUUGAUAUUUGGAGGUACGAUCCAUCUCAUGGUGAUAACAUUCCAAUUGCCCAGGCACUACAAUAUUCUGACACGAAAGGGUUCCCGCAAUUGAUUGAUUUCUCAAAGAAGUUGGUUAGUUACUUAAACAAGCCAGCUUACGACAAUUGGGAUGUUAUGUUAGCAAAUGGAUCUUCUGAUUCUUUAUCUAAAGUUUUCACCACUUUAACAGAUGAAGACGUUACCGUGUUAAUGGAAGAAUUUACUUUCACUCCGACUAUCUCCAACGUCACUGCAAAUGGUGGGAUUCCGAUUCCAUUGAAAGUUGAUAUCACGGAUGAUGCUUCUCAGCAGGGUAUUAACGUCGAGUAUAUGGACCAAUUGCUUGAGAAUUGGUCAACAGGUGAAUAUUCUCACUUAUCUAAGCCUAGACUGUUAUACACAAUCGUCACAGGGCAAAAUCCAACCGGUAUGACACAAUGCAAAGAGAAGAGACAGAAAAUAUACGAUCUAUGCGAAAAACAUGACAUUAUAAUUGUGGAAGAUGAUCCGUAUGGUUACCUAAAGUUUUUACCCUUUGACAAGUCUGAUCCAUUAAAGAAUCAAUAUAACGAUGGCACUAUCACUUUCGAUAAAUAUUGUAAAGAAAUAUUAGCCCCCUCAUAUUUGACCAUAGACACAUCAGGGAGAGUCAUUAGAUUAGAAACUUUCUCCAAAGUCUUCGCCCCUGGGAUGCGUCUUUCCUUCAUUGUCGCCAAUAAAUUUAUCCUAGACAAGUUAUUGAAAUAUGCAGACAUUUCUGUUAGAUCGCCAUGUGGUCUUGCCCAAGCUAUGACCAUUAAUAUAAUAGACAAAUGGGCAGAAAAUUUCAAUGGAGACAAGGUCAGAGCUUGGCUAUCAUGGGUCAUGAAAGUUGCUGGUGAGUAUACACAUAGAAGAAAUGUGCUUUUCCAAGCAUUGGAAGCUACACCAGCUUAUAAAGAAGAAUUAUUUGAAUUGAUUGAACCCUCUGCCGGUAUGUUCAUUAGUAUCAAGAUCAAUUUUGAUAAGUUCGGAGAAAUCUCGGAUAAAUUAAAGGCCAUGAAUUUCUUAAACUACAAGUUGUUGGAAGAAGGUUGCAUUGUAAUCUUGGGUUACAGAAUGGCAGUUGACAAGAAAUUUUCAUAUGACAGGUCCAACUUUUUAAGAAUUACAUUUGCUAUGGCUCCAGAUGAAGAGCAUUUACAAACAGCUGCUGAAAGGCUAGGUAAAGGUGUUGAGAGAUUCUUCAAAGAGUAUCACAACUGA